CUUUUAAAGUUGUUAUUGUCAGGUACCAAGACCGUAACACGCAAGCCAUCAUAAUGGUGCUGGGCUGUUCUAAGUGGCUUGGCGUUCGUUUGGAAGUACUCUGUAGUUUGCUUGUCACAUUAGUGGCGGCUGGAGCUGUUCUCGUCACGCAGAUACCAGCUAUUGCAGGUAUGUCGCUGACAUACGCUCUAGAAACUUUAGACGCAGCUCAGUUUGGUGUUCAGCUGACAUCCGAGACAGAGAACUUGAUGACGUCAGUCGAGCGGGUGAUAACUUUCACCCAGAUGAGUCCAGAACCUGGAUAUGAUAUGAAAGAUGACCGUCGGCCGGCUAAAGGAAGUCUUUGCCUGAGGAACUUGUCUUUGAGAUACGUAGAGGGGAACCAUCGCGUCCUGAGGGAUAUCACAGUUGAAAUCAAGAACAAGGAGAAAGUUGGUAUCACAGGACGAACAGGAUCUGGGAAGUCCUCUCUCGUGGCAGCGCUGUUUAGGAUGCCUGAACCAGAUGGCGAGGUCAUGGUGGACGGGAUCAAUUUAAAAACAUUGAAUCUUCAAGAAGCCAGACGGACAUUCUCUGUAAUAACUCAGAAUCCUAUUCUAUUUGCCGGAAGCCUAAGACGGAACUUGGAUCCUUUCAACAAACACACGGACCAUGAGUUAUGGAUCGCGCUGGAAGACGUCCAAAUGAAGCACUGGGUACUGCAGUUACCAGGCCACCUGCACUACAAACUGAUAGAAUAUGGGAACAACCUAAGCGUCGGUGAGAGACAGUUAGUCUGCCUAGCACGUGGUCUCUUACAGAACAACAAGAUUGUCAUCCUGGAUGAAGCAACUGCUAACGUAGAUUUCAAGACGGAUCGUCUGAUCCAAGAGGUCAUACGAACCAAAUUCAAAAAUGUUACAGUGUUAACUAUUGCUCAUAGACUGGACACCAUCAUAGACUAUGAUAGGGUCAUGGUGUUGGACAGAGGCAGUGUGGUCGAGUUCGACAAACCAAGUGCUCUUUUAAACAAGAGAGGGAGUUACUUUGCUGAUCUAGUCAAGAGCUACAAUACAACUGUGUCUUCAUAAAAUAUUAACUUAUUGACUGCUGUAGAUGCGAACUGCUCUCGCAGUGACCACCUUCCGUUUACAAACACGACAAUAGUUAUCACUUAUGGUUUGGAAUUUUUCCUAUAACGUCGCCUCACUACGGGACUAGGGGGACCCUUAGUUGAGAGCUGGCUAGGGAAAAAUAAUAGUGGUGGGGGUAGGGCUAGGGCCAAUUCGGUAAUUAUAUAUUAUGAGAUACCUAACAAUCCUGAUACCAUGCAAAACUCGGAUAAAGUUUGUUGUCUCGAUGGUACCCAAUUGAAAUGUUCGCGAGUGACUCCUGGCUCAUCAUGACACUGGAAAUUGCGCUGGAAGCACUGAAAUCUUCUUCAUGAAGCUUUCUCAAAAGACUUGAGGCGUUUACGAACUCAUGCUAUCAACGUACCUUGCCAGCGACCACUUGGGCUAGGCAUUUCAGUUGACCGCACAUGGGGGUGGUCGCUUAUGAGAAGUUAAACCACCGGGGUCUAAAUUUUGACUGAUAGAUCCCCUGGUGACAAAUAUAUUGAAACAAGCGACAAAGGGGAACGACUCGUGUCAUCUUAGCACCAUUUUCGCGUAAAAUGUGAAGAGUAACAGAAAAUCAAUAAAGAUAUACUAAAGUUCAAAGUGUGAAAUAUAAUAUAAAUUCAUUUUAAUGAAGGUAUAAUUAAAAGAAUUGUUUAGUA